GUGCAUGACAGAGAAUAAACACAAGUACAGGUAGAGUCUACCCAAUCUAUUUUAACGGAUAAUCACAUGGAGCACAGACAGACUGAGGCUCCACCCUCAUAUGACUCUGUGGUGAAUCACAACACAGCUCCACCUUCAUAUCCAAGUCUUCAGACAUUGUCGGCCAACCAAAUCCAGCCGUGCCACAUUGCCCAGCCAAUACCCCAAACACCUGCUCCUCGUGUAGCAGAGACAAUCCCGUCACAGAGAAGGCAAGUUCUCUGCAAGAGCAAAAGGUGUUGCUAUGGAGGGUCUAGUGGUGCUACUGUUGUAGUAGUGCUGGUUGUAAUCGCCAUAUGGCUGGGAGUCCGUUACGGGCCGACACUGUGGGCUCUCUCCAAGAGCACGAAGGAGACAGAGACAUGCCCCCCUUCAUCAGUUGACUGUGAUGGGAAGAGAGACUGUUCUCAAGGCAGUGAUGAAUCUCGCUGUGUACGGUUUGGGACAGCAAAUGAAUUGCAGGUCAUGACCUUUAAGUCCAGGGUCUUCCUUCCAGUCUGCGCACAGGGCUGGAAUAAAAACAUAGCUGACCAAACCUGCCAACAGCUUGGCUUCAGACAGAUGGUUUCAGAUGGUGUCUUGCUAACCAACUCAUCCUCCUUUCAAAGUAUGAACAGUCAGUUUACAAACACCAUCCAGGGAAGCGUUAAUAGAAGUACGUCCUGUCCUGGUCAGCAGACCGUGUCCUUGCACUGCAGCAAAUGUGGAAAGCCACCCGUCUCCACAAGAAUCAUUGGGGGAAGUGUGGCUGCUGACGGUCAGUGGCCCUGGCAGGCCAGCCUGCAUUUCCAAGGGCAUCACACAUGUGGAGGAACUCUGUUGGCUCCAGACUUCAUCAUUACCGCUGCUCACUGCUUCCCCAAAGAAACACAAGACUCUCAGUUGCCUAGUAACUGGAAAGUGUAUAUUGGUUUGGUGUCCCAGCUCCGGCUUCCCAGCCCAUAUUAUGUAAAGCAAAUAAUUUUACAUGAGAAUUAUGACCCAGUGACAAAAAACAAUGACAUUGCCUUGCUAAAACUCAAUACACCUGCCAGUAAUAUACAGCCUAUCUGCCUGCCUGUGUUUGGCCAGACAUUUUCUCCUGCCCAGCAGUGCUGGACUACUGGUUUUGGAGUUACCCGGGAAGGGGCUGCGAGUAGUUCCACUUCUUUGAUGGAGGUCAAAGUAGACCUGAUAGUCUCAUCUCUGUGCAACUCAAAUACUUUUUAUCGCGGAAGUAUCACAGAGAACAUGCAGUGUGCAGGGGAUCUUAAUGGAGGGAGAGACUCCUGCCAGGGCGACAGUGGGGGUCCAUUGGUGUGUAAAGCUGAUGAUCAGUGGUAUCUCACAGGUGUAACAAGUUAGGGAGAAGGCUGUGGAAAGCAGAACCGUCCAGGGGUCUACAGUAACGUUGGGAGACUUUUAAUGUGGAUAUAUGGCAAGAUGCAGCAAGAGCGACCAUGACCUUCUGCGACCUUGAAGAACAAAUAGGCUAACUCUACUCAGCUGCAUAUACAUCACAGAUUUGACAACAUUUUGCACAGAAUUAUUCUUAUUUACUGAAAGAUGUUUUCUCAUUAUUUAAGGUGAAACUGUACACGUGACAUGUACUUCUGCAGUAAAUAUAUAUUUCUGUAACAUUCUAAAUGUAUUAUUUAAAUUAUGAAGAUCCAAAGAGUUUUAAUCCUUUUGUAAAUAAGAUUUAUUUUAUUCUGGAGAUAUAAAUGUUCUUGAUUAAAACAUAGACUACAUUACUGUUUAGGAACAAAAUACAAGAACAUUUAAGCAAUACAGUUCUCUCUG